GAGCAGGUGUCUCCUGGGUGGAGAACACGCAUCACCUCUACCAGCUUUAUCUUCUGGACGGCAGGCAUGUGCCUCCUGCCGCUGAUAGCAUGGCUCACCAAAGACUGGUUUCUCCUCGGUGUCAUCACCACAGUUCCUUUCUUCCUGCUCAUCCUCUGCUGGUGGUUUCUGCCCGAGUCUCCUCGCUGGUUGCUGUCUCGUGGCCACAUAGAGCAGUGUGCUGCGCUCAUGACCACCAUCGCUACACGUAAUGGCAAACAAGUGCCAGAUAGGUUGAAAGAACGUCUACAAGCCGUCUCCUUCACUCACAACACGGAAAGGAAUUAUGGUGUUGUCCAGCUGUUGAAUUAUUCCACUGUUCGUCUCCGUACUUUGCUCCUCACAGCUUGCUACGCGUGCAACUACUUGUUUUACUACGGCCUGGCUUACAACACUGUCAACCUGAGUGGCAACGAGUUUCUUAACUUCUUCCUGCUGUCUGUGGUGGAGCUGCCAUCCACCAUGUUGGGAUGGUGGGCAGCACAGUUCCUGGGCAGACGAUGGACAGGAGCCUUAUCCAUUUUGCUAGCAGCUAUAUUUUCUCUAGCUAAUGCUAUAUUACUCAAUACAUCACAGUGGGUGACAAUUAUGAUGAUGGUACUGAGCAAGAUGUUCAACACUAUCAGCUUCUUGAUGGUGUACAUACAAUGUUCUGAGAUCUAUCCAACAACUCACCGUUCCUGUGGUACUGGUCUGUCAUCUCUCAUCUCCUCUAUAUUUGGUACCGCUACGCCCUACAUUGCCUACUCACAUGUGUACUGGAACAACCUGCCCUUGGUCAUCAUCUUUGUCAUUGGAUUUAUUGGCUUUAUAAAUGCGUCAUUGCUGCCGGAGACACUGGAUGCUGACCUUCCUCAGUCACUUCUCCAAGCUGACAAGUUCCUUACUGGUGACAAAUACUGGUCAUAUAAGGGAAGACGCUGCUGGUCUGGCAAAGUUCGGGUUAUGGAGAGUAAUGAACAAGGUCAUACAAAUCUUGCUAUUUCUGAAGAUUAAAUUAUUUCUAGCUAAUCUAACAAUUUAGUUAAAUAUUUUAAUUAUCAGAAGCUGUGCACAGUAACACUGUCGAGUUUAGGCUGCAUGUAUUUAUGUUUUAGGAAAUUUCUUUAAUCAGCAUGUUUGUGCAGCUUUGAAACUGCAAAAUAAAAUCAGAUAUUUUUCAAAUUACAGCACUGAAGACAACA